GAAACCGAAGCCGCUCAUCAAAAAUGGUUGCAAAGCGGUGCGGUGCGGUUGUUAUCAGUUCACGCUAAAAUUUAAAUUUUAUCCAGACAUAGGCCGUAAAAGUUUUCAAUUUCUGGUUUCGUUUGUGCAUUGCUGAGUGGCGAGUAAUUUACAGUGAGAUUUGUGUGAUUUCUGAUCGGCGAUUGAAGUGAAAAUUCAGUGUCUGGGGUGCGUGUCAAAAAAAAAAGUGUCGGUGUGGAUUGCACAUCUUUAAUUUUUUGCGGUAUCGUAAAGCAAUCAAAAAAAGUUGAAACAAAUGAAAAUGUGGCACGAGGCACGUAAACAGGAGAAGAAGAUCCGGGGGAUGCUGGUGGACUACCGGAAGCGGGCCGAGCGGCGGCAGGAUUUCUACGAGAGAAUAAAAGCCGAUCCGACGCAGUUUCUUCAAGUUCACGGUCGCAAAUGCAAGAUCCAUCUGGAGGCCAGCGUGGCUGCAGCUGCCGAGAAUCCGGCCAUCAUGAUGCCGUGGCAAGGUCAGAAGGACAACUUGAUUGAUCGAUUUGAUGUGCGGGCCCAUCUGGAUUACAUUCCGACGCUGCCGGCCAAACAGGACCAACCGGUGGAGGACGACGUGCUGGACUUGGAGGAACGCUCCAUGAAUUACGAACGGUAUCGCGUUCUCGCACAGAACGAGUUUCUCGGAAUCAGUGAAGACAAAUAUUUACAUCAGUUGCAUCUGGAGGAACAGUUCGGAGUCAAUGCACAGGUUGAAGCUGAGCAGAAAGCAUCCUCUUCGAAAAAGAAACCAUCCGGUGGAGUGGCCAUAGGUUACACCUACGAAGACAGUGAUCCAACAGGGGUCGUUCCUUUCAGUCAAACGAUCACAGCCAUCGAACAGUCAACCGCCACUUCCAAGUACGAUGAAUGUAUGAAGAGUGACUCGGAUUCGGAUCUCGAUAUGGACGUUUCCAUUGACAUCAACAAAGUAGGAAAUGCACAGGCCCAUGAGAUGAAUGCUUGCGGAAGGCACUACGGAAUGAAAAGUAACGAUUUCUAUUCGUACCUUACAAAAGACGCCGAUGAGGCGGAAGCACUGAAAAUGGCAAGGGAAGAAGAGCAGGAGAAAAUAAUGUUUAGCGGACGAAAAAGCCGAAGGGAACGAAGGGCACAACGGGAAAGGAAGUUUGCCGGAAGGCCAACCAGUCCACCAAGCUAUGCGGCAAAGGAAGAAUUGGUUCCGAGAACUUAUGACGAUCCGAACGACAGUUCACGAUCUCCUUCGCCUGUAAAUUCAGGGAAAAUAACCUACAUUACCUCAUUCGGCGGAGAAGAUGAACUCCAACCUCACUCCAAAAUAUCCAUUAGCUUUAAGAAAGAUAGUCAAGGUGAAGCUAGCACUUCCAAAGGUGGUUCUUAUGCUCAAAAAGUUAAGCAAAAUCUAGAAAAGCUUAAAAGCAUGAGCUCGAAAGAAGAAGAACACAAAAAACCGGCUCAAUAUCAGAGGAGAUCGCGAAGUUACAGCGAUCGAAGUAGAAGUCGCAGUAGAAGCACUUCUAGGACCUGGCGACGGAGAAAAAGUCGCAGCCGUUCAAGAGAAAAACGAACAUAUUCCAAAUAUAAAAGACGUUCUAGGUCUGGUUCACGCUCUCCCCGAUCCCGAGGACAUCGAAGCGACCGACGACGAAGAAAAACUCGUUCCUCAUCGUCAUCGCCUUCGCCACCUGUGCGCAAAGCAACAUCCCGCAAAACAUCUAGUUCGGAUUCCGAUUCCUCUCAUAGUGAUCGAAGCCGGUCCAAAGCAGUUCCCGCUCAGACCGAACGUAAACCACAAAUCAAGACAGAGCCACCGGAAAAACCAUCAACUGCCGGUCUGCCACCUACCCUAGUUCCUCCACUUCCUGUGACUUCGGAAAUCGUUUCCCAAGAACCGCCACUGCCAGCCGCAGUGGUAAAGAAAGAAGUCACACCACCCAAAGUACCUGUUCUGAUCGAACCGGAACCAGAGGUGCCCAUCCGACGAUACUACGGUCGUAAACGGGACAAUCAAAGUUCGACCGACAGCGACCUAUCGACAGAUAGCUCCGACGACGAACAACAAAGGAAAAGUGGCGAUCCGGUGGCGAUGGAAUCGUCUAGCAAUGUCCAAACGACGGAAACGACGGGUAGUUUACUCCCGGGAGGAGUCACCAUCAAGCAGGAAAAGCUCGAAGGUGGUCCUAGUGGUGCUGCUUCCACAUCCUCGUCGUCAGCAAGGUUUGGUGGUGGUAGCUCAGUGAUCGGCACAUCCGAGUCCAAAGCAGUGGGUUUGUCUUCCGUUGGUGCAUCGAAGUCACUUAACCCAAGAGAUCGACUGAAGCGCAAGAUGCAAAUUUUACUGAACAAACAAUUCAAAGCGGAUAAAAAGGCAGAAAUCGAAAAAGUUGAGCGCCAGAUUCAAUUACAGCAGGAACGUGAAGACGAAAUGCGAGAAUUGGCCCUUAAGCUUCGUCGACGGCAACGUGAACUUCGUCACAAAUACGGCUCGCCAGAAAGUGAAAAGAGUCCUUCCAAAUCGGUAGAUAGCUCUGAUGACGAGAAAGGCAAGGAGCCUAGAUUACCUACGGUCAAGGAACCCUCUCCGCCACCAAAGCCUGUUCCACCGUCGUCAUCAACGUCGGGUUUCAGUACAAGUGCAGUGAUCGAACGGAAACCCAUGCUUCGUCGGUUUGCCCAGGCAGAAGCCUCUAGAUCUCCGAGUCAGACCCGAUCCAUUAGACGACGUUCCCGAAGUCGAAGCCGAUCUACUGCCGGUAGUCGUAGUACAGCUGUUCCUAGCACGAGUAGGAGAUAUGACGACCGUCCCAGGCGCCAUACUCCUCCCCCAACUACGAGAUCGCGAUAUCGCUCGCGAUCUAGAUCUCAGGAAAGAUUCCGUGAUCGUGAUCGAGAUCGCGAUCGGGAUCGGGGUCGUUAUGGUGCCAAACCUUCCCGGGAUUAUGGUCGUGGCGAGGGCAGCCGUCACUACCGACGUAGAUCGCGAUCGACUUCUCGGGAACGGCGCCGAUCUCGUUCGCGUACGCGAAGAUCGAGGUCCAAAUCAAGAAGCAAAACCAGUGCCGGUAAUAAUCGCAGGGAUAGAUCGCCUAAGAUAGUGAAGAAGUUGGUUGAUUAUUGAUACAAACUAGUGGUUUCCUGUCGUUCAUUCUAUAUACCAUGCCGUUUUCUAUUGCCAUAUAAUCAGAAUUUUUCAAAACCGUUUAAAGCUACUACCUGUUGAACACUUUUUAGCAUCGUGUAUCAUAAAAUAUAUCGAAAAUUUAGUGCACGCGGGUUUCGAAAGUGGUUCAGCUAAUUGUGCGAUAAUAAAGCUGCAUUAUUUUUCAGGUAA